UUGACACAUUUCUUAAGCUACAUACAUGUGCUCGUGUGUAGCCUCUUUAAGAAUGGAUUCUUGGGUAGUGCUGUGUCGGAAAUUACCAAACGUUAGCAGAGUGAGGAAGAGCUAGCAUGCUAAUAGCUGUAAAACCGUCAAAUCUCAACAAUGUGUGUCAAACGUAAUAACAAUCAAAGGUCGUGUCAUUAGAUUUAAAGCGGAAUAAUUUGAAGAAGUUGCACCUCAUAGCGCCAGCUCCGUGUCUGUAGCGAUGUAUGGACGUGUGUACUCCAGGAUUCUCCAUCGAGCUUUUAGCUACAAGCUGAAGGUUUAUCGCAAAGUCCCAUUCCAAGUUUGUAUCUUGACAGCCCUCAACUGUCCCUUUUCAUCCUGGAGUCCGUCUCGAUCAGACCAAAGUUUCUGCACUGGGGAGGAAUCUGGAGUCUGGACUCGAAGUUGCUGUCAUUUCUCAACACGAGAGGAUUUAGACUUUCAGCAGAGCCUAGUGCAGAUUAAUAGCAUCCUAAGAAGCAAUGAACAGACUGUGAAUGUGCCUGAGUUUGAUGGGAGGGCACUCAGCGCUGUGAGAAAGUUCAACAGCAACCAUUUACCUGCAAAUACUCCUAAUGAGGAUCGUCGUAGUGCAGCCACAUGCUUACAGUCAAAGGGCAUGCUGUUUGGAGUGUUUGACGGCCACGGGGGCUGGGCAUGUGCUCAGGCCGUAAGCGAGCGGCUGCUGUACUAUAUAGCAGUGGCAAUGAUGCCAAAGCAAACCCUGGAAGAGCUUGAUAAGUGCAUGGAACUUGGCAGGCCUGUCCCACCCAUCUUACAAUGGUAUAAACAUCAUUCAGAUUUUAACUAUCGCGAAUCCGCCCCCCUGUACAUAAGACAUCUUAGAGUCUUCUGGCAAGAGUUACUGGACAAUGAGGAGCAUGAAGAAGGCAUGAGUCCUCAGGAGGCCCUGAGUUGUGCCUUUAGACGUCUUGAUGCCGACAUCUCUUUGGAGGCUCAAGUCCCACUUCCCAGUGACCUUAUGAAAAGUACAGCCAUCCAGGUGGCGUUUGCUGGAUGCACUGCCUGUGUGGCUCACGUUGGAACCGAUGGGAUCCACGUGGCAAAUGCAGGAGACUGCCGCGCAGUUUUAGGGGUGCAGAACAGUGACGGUUCAUGGAGUGCUGUCCCUCUUUCCAAAGACCACAACUCACAGAACCAAGAUGAGCUGGAGCGUAUCAGAGCACAGCAUCCACCUUCAGAGAGAGACACAGUGGUCACAGAAGAGAGACUGCUGGGGGUUCUCAUGCCUCUACGCGCCUUCGGUGAUGUGAGAUUCAAGUGGAGCGUCGAGCUGCAGCAGAGCAUUUUAGCCAGCCUUGAAGCUGGAGUGGAUCUCGACUCUCUGAACUUGUAUCAGUACACUCCGCCUAACUAUUUAACACCGCCGUACCUGGAAGUGACACCGGAGAUAACCUAUCACAAGCUGAGACCCCAGGACCGCUUCCUGAUCCUCGGCACCGACGGGUUGUGGGACGAAUUCUCAAGCGAGGAGGCAGUGCGGCUAGUUGGAGAACACCUGAGUGGAAUUCAUUUACAGGCUCCAGUUUCUCCUUCGGAGCGGAAGCUGAAGCUGGGUCAGAUGCACGAACUCUUGCUGAAGCGGCGAGCUCGCGCCUCUCCGGCUCUGGAUAAAAACGCCGCCACUCAUCUGAUCCGACACGCUCUUGGAACUGGAGAGUAUGGGGAGCUGUCCCAGGAGAGGCUGGCCUCAAUGCUCGCUCUGCCGGAGGACCUGGCCAGAAUGUACAGGGACGAUAUCACAGUUACUGUGGUGUAUUUGAACUACGACCUGGCUAGACCCCGCCACAGUUAGCAGACUCAGUGAGUCGUACCACAGAGCUACGCUUGGUUACGUACAGUCAGUAUUUUGUCAUGGCCGGUGUUACGUGAGCUAUUUUACAGAUGAGAUGAAGUGAAAUGGUUGUUUUUCAAUGUCAUAUUCUGUCCAGAUAUUAUUUUACAUGAAUCACUGUUGAUUACCUUUAAAAUUUCAGACAUAUAAUCCCAGUUUUCCUUUGGGAGAGAAUGUUUCAUGUCAGCACUUUUACCUUUGUCAGUAUUCCUGUUGGUGUCUUGCACAGACAAUCCAUCUUUGCCUUUUUUUUCCGUUUACUUUGUGUUAAUGUGAGGCUAAGAAGUUUACCGUAAAAUUUCUAUGAAGAGUAUCAUGUUGAUUUAAUCAACUGUUGAUGUUUUUAAAUUAUCUGUUCCAUAAUGG